AUGAUGUCUACCGAGGGCUCCCUCGACGUCUACCGACGGCACCUCCCGCCGUACCGGCUGUUGCUCAACCCGAACGUCCAGUACGACUACCUGACCCACCGCUUCGUCCAGCUCAGCCCUACCGACAUCAUGGCGUUGUCUCAGGCGUUGGAACACACGGGGAACCACACCUUGCUGUUUCUGACGCUUAAGUACCCCGCCAAGCCCCAGCUGGGGUUGAUGAAGUACCGGCUGUUGCUUAGUGAUGUCGGGCGCAGCUUGAGCCGCAUCGGGCGCCGGCCGACCCCCACCACCACCACCAAUCUGCUGACGACGAAUUUGGCUACGGGUGGUGGUCGGAAUGGCGCUGGCGGCGGGCCGACCAACUUUUUGGAGUUGCCCUCGGAAUUGACCGAAUACAUCGUGUACCUCGUCGAUGACCCCCAGCUGUGGCGCAGUUGUAUGGACUGCUGCAAGCAGUUGUACGCGGUGGCCAAGCCCUACUUCUACCAGGAUUUGGCGUUUACGCUGACCUACCGCUUCGCCCAGUUCAUCACCUAUCUCCGGGUAAAUCCCCGGGUGGGCGAGUUUGUCGAGCGCAUCGACCUCGCCGGCAUCGCCCCCGGCAUCGACCCGGAAGAACUCGACACCAUCCUCUCGCAGGCGGAAGGAUUACUGUUUCUCGAGGCGCUGGCGGGGGCGCGCGCCGGGUGGCGCGACUGGAAGUUUGCCAACAACCCGCUCUACUCGCGCCCCCCGGUGCCGCUGGCGCUGGCGGCGCCGGCGGCGGCGGCGCUGACCCUGCUCACGAAGACGGUGAGCAACGACACCACCGUCACCACCAGUCUGGCGACGCUGCGGUCGUUCCGCUUCUUUAAGCGGCGCAAGCGCAGCCGGCUGGCGCCGCCGAUCCCCAUCUUGCUGCUGAUGCUGCUGGCCCCUGAUACCCCAGCGGCGGCCGCCACCACGACGGCGGCGCCGCGGCGGCGCCCGGCGCCGGUGGUGUUGGACUUGCGCCAGCCGCGCCCGGCGCGGCGCCACCCGCGAAUCAACAAGUACUUGGUCGACUACGCCACCUCCAAGGACAUCCCCGCCGGCUACAUCAUCCACCUCCUCAACUUAUGUCCCAACUUGGUACUGGUGAACUUGGCCGGGCUCAGCAUCUCCCCCGACUACGAGGUGGCGCCCCAGCGCGCCGCGCUCAAGUACCAGACGUUCGACACGAUGAACAACUGCCACAAGUACGUCAGCGGCCACCUUGAGAUGCUCAACGGGCUGGCCGAGAUCCCGCUGGCGGCGCCCGACGACCUCAUGCUGUGUGCGCUGCUGAUCCGCACCCAGUUGCGCCCGCGCUACAUGUCGCUCCUCACGCCGACGCCGGCGCCCGCCGACGCCAUGUACUGUAAGCGCGGCAACGGGCGCGUGUUCCUUUCCGACUUGUCGGUGAAAGCGAUCAACCGCGACAACUUGGUGCCGGUGCCCGAACUGGCAGUGUUGGAGACCCUCGCCACCUACGGGCGCCGCUCCCACCGCAUCCACUACGUCAACCUCAGUCUGAUGGUGUGGCUCAACAAGCAGUUGGUGCUGGAGUUCUUGCGCCAGUUUGUCGCCAGCGUUGCCGUGGACGAGGUCGACGAGUGGUUUGAGUUGGGCGCCCGCUGGCGCGAGCCCGACUUGGACGACGACGACGCCGACGACACCGAGAGGGCGCGCCGCGAGAUCCGGGCGUACCGCCAGCCCCUCGUCCUCGACCUCACCGACCUGGGCAUGUAUAAGCUGUUGCCGUGGGCGACGUGCCUCGACCUCAUGACCUACGAAGGGUGCCGGUUGGUGCGCCAGAUCAGCGGCGACGGCGUCCCCGACCCGUUCCAGGAGUUCUUGCGCCGUGAGCGGCUUCGCCGGGGGCGGGUGGGCGAAAACUACUUUGGCGGGUAG